GUUGUUACAUCGUUGGCUGUGGAUCAGGGUUAUGUUCCAGAAGGUGUGGUUCCAGCCAAAGAACCAGUGGGUUACUUUCAUUUGGCUCAAACAUUCUUCUUUCCUCAAAUUCGACCCAAACUGCUGCAUCAGAUCCCAAUUUGGCCAAUCAUUGUCGGUGUAGUUCUUGGCAUUAUCUUUUUAGCCUUGAUUGUCAUAUUGCUCUAUGUAUUAGGCUUCUUCAAACGGAAGAAACCCGGUCUUCGUCAAGCAAGCUAUAGCAAGGGCGGGGCAGACGAACUUGAACGACGUGCCCAAGAAAUGCAAGAAAAACCAAAGAAAUUUGCUGGAUUCGAAGAAGACACGUCUAAAGUGGACAAAUAUGAACGAGGUACGAAACGCAAAAUGAAGGGUAAGCAUCGUGGUGAAAUAAAAAUACUACAUCCCGCCGAUCUGGCUGCCGGUCAAGAUGCGGAAGACAAUCAACGUGAACAACUGCUGGGAGGAGAUGAAACAAAAGACAAGACUGAAGAAGCAACUUAA